AUGGACGUCGCCGUGAUAAAGCUGCACAAAACAGACCCUCCAGUCACUACAUUCCAGCUAAUUUUGGUCCGCAUGGCAAUUACUUUUAUAUGCUGCAUGAUAUACAUGCACUUGGCAAAAAUUCCAGACCCACUGCUGGGUCCCAAAGGAGUUCGAUUAUGGUUGCUAAUGCGCGGAAUUGGAGGAUUUAUUGGUCUCUUUGGGAUUUACUUCUCCCUGCAGUACCUAUCUCUGUCAGACGCCACCGUUUUGACGUUUCUGUCGCCAACCACGACGACAGUUGCUGGUGCCAUCUUUUUGAAGGAGAAAUUCAUUAUUCGACAGGCGGUAGCUGGAUUGGUUAGUCUAGUAGGGGUCGUUCUGAUAGCGCGGCCGACGUUUAUCUUUGGGGACUCGGCUCAUUCUCACGAGCCCAAUGGAACGACUCCAUCUGAGCGGUUAUUGGCGGUUGGGGUGUCCCUUGUUGGAGUGCUUGGUGCCACUCUAGCUUAUAUAUCAAUUCGGUCUAUUGGUAAGAGGGCGCAUACUAUGCAUAUCAUGGUCUAUUUCGCUUUGCAAUGUGUUGUUGGUUCAACAAUAGGGAUGAUCGUCACAAAGACACCGGUUGUCAUUCCUACCCAGAUAGAAUGGCUUUCGCUCUUGUUCAUGAUCGGCGUGUUUGGCUUUGCUGCACAGAUUUUUUUAACGCUGGGAUUCCAACGUGAGGCUGUGGGCCGCGGAACAUUAGCCCUAUAUACACAGAUUAUCUUUGCGUCUUUCCUUGAAUACAUAGUUUUCCAUACGACUCCUUCGCGACUCUCGAUUUUUGGGAUUUUAUUGAUCAUGGGAUCAGCUAUAUAUAUUGCGCUUACCAAGAAACCAAAUUCACCAGAGCUAAAUAGUAUUAGCCAGCCAGAUGAUGAAGAGUUAGGGAGGAGCUUGCUCUCUCCGAACUCUGAUACACCCUGA